AUGGGGCUGUAUAUCGCAGGCGAGACUGGACAGCCGCCCCUUGGCACCAUCUCACUCAUUGAAAGUAUUGUCCAAAACCAGGUUAUCCAAAUGAUAUCACGUGCUGGGGAGUUUGCGAUGCGUCGUGGUGUCCGGGCUUUCUCCAACGACGACCUUAUAUUUCAAUUUCGACACGACAGAGCCCGCAUCGAGCGGUUACAAAAGUUUCUCUUGCUGAAGAAAAUGCGCAGUAUCUCACGAGAUGAGGAAAAUGACGAGAAAGAUCAGGUCGGCGAGGCCACAGCAGACGCGCUCGUGCAAGACCCCGGCGUCGCUAAUGUUCCUGCUACGAGAAUUCCUUGGGACUUGAACUCGAUCUACGCUGUUCAACCCCCGGAUGCUCCAGGCGAAAUAGACGCGUCAGCAUCAGAGGAGCAGGCCGUGGCCAGCAACUUACAGAAACUACAAGCGGCAGACAAGAAAACUCUUGCGAUGUCUGUUGAAGAAUACGCUACGUGGUCAGAGUAUCGGCACGCAUCGUUUACAAAACGUCGUGCCCGCUUUCGACAGUGGUGCGGUCUAGGUCUCAUAGCAGACCACAGAUCAUCCGAUGACGUGCUUGAUAUCCUAACCUUUUUGACGAGUGAAAUGGUCCAGCGCCUGACCCUGCUCGCGAGAGGUACUCGAGAGCUAGAGUUGACCCACGCCACAGCCGUUUCUCCUGCGGCUGGUGACGUGCGCAUCAAAGAUUGUGGGGAGUACGACUCACCUUUUAAAUCCACUUGCUCAGAAAAACUAAUUGCUGAGCUGGAUGUCCGCCAUAUCCGUCGAGCCUACGAGAUAACGCAGAUUCGAGGCACUACGCAGCGAAGCUUCUAUAGGAGAGGACUACAGCUAAUAUAA